AAAUUUACUAUCACCAAAAGGCUACUUAGAAUAGCCCAAAAUCUUAAUUGUUUCCAUUUUCUACUUUAAUUAACUCCUACUUUUAAUCUUUCCUCCAUCCAACUCCUAUCAAGAAACCUACUUACACAAAAAGGCUCGCAAGAUUUGAAGGUAAUUUACAAGAUUUUUAGCUUUCUUCGGAGAGGACAAUGCUAAGACAGCUUCAUCAGAAAUUGUGUGGUAGAACAGUGAUUUUUACCCGAAUGUAUAGUUCUAAAGAAACAAUGGAAGCUAAACUCGAUCCACUGACAAGACUUUGUAAAAUUAUGAUGUCUUGCAAAAAAUUGGGCCUUGACACAGUGCUCGACCAAAGCGGGAUUAGGAUUUCACCGGAGAUGGUUGAGGAUGUCCUUAAGAGAUUUGAGAAUGCUGGAAUGGUUGCGUAUCGUUUCUUUGAAUGGGCUGGUAAGCAACAUAAUUAUGAGCAUAGCACUAGAACCUACCACUCCAUGAUUGGAUCUCUUGCCAAGAUAAGGCAAUAUCAAAUGAUGUGGGAUCUUGUUAACGAGAUGAAAACCAAGGGAAUGCUUAAUAUCGAGACAUUUUGCAUAAUCAUGAGAAAAUAUGCUAGGGCUCAAAAGGUAGAGGAGACUGUAUACACUUUCAAUAUCAUGAACAAGUUCGAUGUGCCCCCAAAUUUAGCCGCUUUUAACGGCUUAUUGAGUGCUCUAUGCAAAUCGAAGAAUGUGGGAAAAGCUCAGGAGAUUUUCGAUAGUAAGAAGAAUGAGUUUACUCCUGAUUCAAAAACGUAUAGCAUAUUGAUCGAGGGGUGGGGAAGGGCUCCCAAUCUACCUAAGGCAAGGGAGGUUUACAGGGAAAUGAUUGAGGUGGGCUGUAAUCCCGACAUUGUGACUUACGGGAUCAUGGUUGACAUCCUUUGCAAGGCUUGCAGGGUUGAUGAAGCUGUUGAAAUUGUCAAGGAGAUGGAUUUCAACGGUUGCAAGCCGACAUCCUUUAUUUAUAGUGUUUUAGUCCAUACAUAUGGGUUAGAAAACCGGAUUGAAGAUGCGAUAGAUACAUUCCUCGAAAUGGAAAAAAAUGGAGUUGAGGCUGAUGUAGCCGUAUAUAACUCACUAAUUAGUGCUUUCUGUAAGGUGAAUAAGUUUCAAAACACCUAUAGAGUUCUGAACGACAUGCAAUUCAAAGGGGUGACUCCCAAUGCAAGAACCUGCAAUAUUCUUCUGAGUGGCUUGAUUGCUCGAGGUGAAACUGAUAACGCUUUUAAGGUUUUCCGCAAGAUGCUCAAAAUUUGUGAUCCUGAUGCAGACACGUAUACUAUGAUGAUAAAGAUGUUUUGUGGGAGGAAUGAGAUGAAUAUGGCCCGUAAAGUAUGGAAAUAUAUGAAACUUAAGCAAUUUGUUCCAAGCAUGCAUACUUUUUCUGCACUUAUCAAUGGACUGUGCGACGACGCUGAUGUCUCUGGUGCCUGUGUGUUGAUGGAAGAGAUGAUAGAGAAAGGAAUGCGCCCUGGUAGGAUGACAUUUGAAAAAUUAAGGAAACUACUUCUCAAGGAAGAAAGAGAGGAUGUACUUGAAUUCCUUCAACAGAAAAUAGAUCUUAUGGUCCGGGAGCCCUUGUCUGAUUAAGAAACCAUCUUAACGACGUAUUUCCAACUGUUCUGAUUAUGAUCGGCUAUCGUUGAAUCUGAUAUCUAUAGUCGGAAUAUCCGAGUAUCUUGUACUGCUUGAGAAACAGAUUGAGAAAUACAAGUCACAUUACGACUGAGCUUGCUAAGGACUUCACUUCAUCAGCGAAACUCAUUUGGAGCGCGUAGCAAAUUUUAGGUUGGGAAAGUAAAACCAGUCCUUGUUGAAUACUAUGUUGCUCGGACUCGUCAAAAAUGUCAAUGGGUGCAUUUCGGAUUCGCCAAAAAUAGUGUAUCUUUGAAGAAUCCGACACGUGUGCAGCAUUGAAAGUGAAGAAUCCGUGCAACUUAGGUUAAGUACUGGAGUUUGGAAAAGUUGGUUCCGUUCCGUUUUCGGUUAAUUAGUGAAAGAAGCUUUUGCAAGUGAAAAGACGAUUGGUACAAGUGGACGAAAAGCCAAGCAGCUUUACAAUCAAGGAUUCAUGAUUCCAUGCAAGUACCUCGAAAUGUAAAUAGACAAGAAACAGCACGAGCACGAGCAUCGCUGGGUGCUCAGAUUUGAAAAUGAGCUAGCACAUGGACCGUCCAGAACGCUAACUUGGACAUGUAACAGUAACACUUUCCAUAUGAGCACUUGACGAGCAGAAUUGCCACCUCUAUGCCAUGUAGAUGGAACGUUAACUCAUCCAUUGCAUCCCGAAAAGGGAACCUGCCAGUGCUCGACUUUAUUGGACUUUCCAAGACAAAAAAUCCAGAAAAUCCUAAUCGGGAUCUCAAGCAUAUAUGGAUAAGGCAAGCUCUCGUGCUGUACUGAGGCCACGUAGUGGAUUCUAAGAUGGAGGAUUCGUUUUGUUUGUGCAGUAUUAACUUCUGUAUACUCAGUUCUUAUUCCUUUUAUGAAAAACAGAAAACCAAUUGAACACAACGGACUUUGAAAAUAAUUGAUAAGAGUUUGGUAUG